CAGGGCAUCGUCUUACUUGCAAGCAGCUUUGAUGGGAAACAGGACAGAAGCAACAGAGUUCAUCCUCUUAGGAAUCACCAAUGACCCAGAACUGCAAGGCCCCCUCUUUGUAUUAUUCACUCUUAUCUACUUCUCCAACAUGAUUGGGAACCUGGGACUGAUUGUGUUGAUUCUCUGGGACUCUCGUCUCCACACUCCCAUGUACUUCUUCCUUGGCCACCUGUCUCUGGUGGAUGUUUGUUACUCCUCUGCUGUCACUCCCACAGUUCUUGCUGGGCUACUAGUAGGAACCACCGUUCUCUCCCGCAGUGCUUGUGCUGCCCAGAUGUUCUGUUUUGCAGCCUUUGCCACAGCAGAAAACUUCCUGCUGGCAUUAAUGGCUUAUGAUCGCUAUGUAGCAGUGUGCCAACCCCUACAUUACACCACCAUCAUGACGAGAAGUGUAUGUACUGCUCUGACCAUUGUCUGCUACAUUGGGAGUUUUCUGAAUGCCUCCAUCCACACUGGGGACACAUUCAGUCUCUCCUUCUGUAACUCCAAUACUGUCCAUCACUUCUUCUGUGAUGUUCCAGCAGUCAUGAUUCUCUCAUGCUCUGACAGACAUGCUAGUGAGAUGAUUCUUGUUUAUGCAUCCAGUCUCAUUGUCUAUUCUGCCCUCCUUGUUAUCUUAGUAUCUUACACGUUCAUCUUUGCAACCAUCCUAAAGAUGCGUUCCACUGCUGGAUACCAGAAAGCCUUAUCCACCUGUGUCUCUCACUUCACUGCAGUCUCCAUUUUCUUUGGGACUCUUAUAUUCAUGUAUUUGCAGCCCAGCUCCAGUCAUUCCAUGGACACAGACAAAGUAGUAUCUGUGUUUUACACCAUGGUCAUCCCCAUGCUGAACCCUGUGGUCUACAGCCUGAGGAACAAGGAGGUGAAGGGUGCAUUCAGGAAAGUUAUUCUGAAGGUCAAACUGUAA